AUGGCCGUCCACGCCAAUGGCUAUGUUGCGCCGGCACAGAAUGCCCCUUAUUUCACCCCAGAGCAAUCACCUGCAUCUGGUACAUCGAUGGAGAGUGAGCACAUUCCAAAACUCUUCCAGCCACUGACCAUCCGUGGCGUCACUUUCCCCAAUCGACUCUUCCUUUCUCCUCUGUGCCAGUACUCCAGCCAAGACGGCUAUGCAACUGACUGGCACUUGACCCAUCUUGGGGGGAUCCUGCAGCGUGGACCAGGACUCACGUUUGUAGAAUCCGCCGCCGUGCAAAAAGAGGGGAGGACCAGUCCACAGGAUCUGGGUCUCUGGGAAGAUGGCCACAUCGAGGCAUUGGCCCGGAUCGUGACGUUCGCGCACAGCCAGAACCAAAAGAUCGCGAUCCAGCUGAGCCAUGGAGGCCGCAAGUCCAGUACGACGGCCCCAUUCCUGGCCAAAGGAACUGACGACACGGCAGCGGAGGAUGCAGGAGGUUGGCCGGACCAAGUCUUCGCGCCGUCCGCGAUCCCGUUCGACCAAGGCUAUCCGCAGCCCCAGGAGCUCACGAGCACACAGAUCCAGCGAUUCAAGCUCGAUUUCCUCGCGGCCGUCAAGCGCGCCGUCAAGGCCGGCUUCGACGUCGUCGAAGUCCACGCCGCGCACGGCUAUCUCCUGCACGAGUUCCUCAGUCCCGUCAGCAACAGGCGGACCGACGAGUACGGCGGUUCGUUCGAGAACCGCACCAGACUGCUCGUCGAGAUCGUGGAUUCAAUCCGUGCCGAGAUCCCAGCUGAGACGCCGUUGUUCGUCCGUCUGAGUGCCACGGAUUGGCUCGAAGCCCACGUCGACGAGUUUCCUGAGAGCUGGACCGUGGCGGAGAGUGUCAAGCUCGCGCGAGUGCUCGUGGAGCAUGGCGUGGAUCUUCUGGAUGUGAGUGCCGCGGGCCUGCAUCCCAAACAGGCCACCAGCAUCAAGAAGGGUCCGGCGUAUCAGGCUCCGUUUGCCCUGGAGAUCAAGAAAGCACUCGGUAGCUCGUUGUUGGUGUCUGCCGUGGGAGGCAUCUAUGAUGGCAAGCUGGCGGAACAGCUGCUCCAGGAUGGACUCGAUGUGGUCAUGGCCGGAAGAUGGUUUCAGAAGAACCCUGGAUUGGUAUACAGUUUUGCGGACGAUUUGAAUCACGACGUCAAGAUGGCGAAUCAGAUAGGCUGGGCUUUCAAGGGACGGGGUAAGAAGACGAGGGAACAUGUCGAUCAAGAUUGA